UUUCUCUGACUCACACAAUGAUGGAUAUCGCGAGAGGACCGUAGGCAACCUCUUAUCAUAGAUGCUGCACUUGAGGACCAAUUGAACAUAAGAGCAACGUUUAUUUUCGCCUCGCUAAACUGAUGACUCUCAACUAAGGACUUAGACUGUUUGCCUGCGCGUUUAUCAGUGGAAAAGACCGGUAUCCAAUCAUGGAGGGGUUUGUCGGGGAACUGCUCGGUGAAGAUAGCUCGGUCGUGGCACGCAUGCAGCAGAGGUUUUGGAAGACCAAGCAGGUGCUAAUCAAAGCCACGGGCAAGAAAGAGGACGAGUAUGUGGUGGCCUCUGAUGCCGACCUGGAUGCAAAGCUUGAGUUUUUCCGCUCAAUCCAGUCCACCUGCACCGAGUUGCUCAAGGUGAUCGAGAAGUACCAGCACAGGAUCACGCGUUUGUCCCAAGAAGAGAACGAGCUCGGCCUUUUUCUGCGCUUCCAAGCCGAGCGCGACCGUACCAAGGCUGGCAACAUGAUGGACGCCACCAGCAAAGCCCUUUGCACCUCUGCCAAGAAGAGGAUGGCGCUCUGUCCACCGCUGAAACGUUUGCACCAGGAAGUUGAGACUUUCCGGCGACGUGCCAUCACAGACACGCUCCUGACCGUCGGUCGCAUGGAGAAAGCUCGCACCGAGUACAGAGGAGCUCUGCUCUGGAUGAAAGACGUCUCUCAAGAACUCGACCCGGACACUUACAAACAGCUGGAAAAGUUCCGUAAGGUUCAAGGCCAGGUGAGGGCAACAAAGAGCCAGUUUGAGAAGUUAAAGAAUGAUGUGUGCCAGAAGGUGGAUAUGCUUGGUGCCAGCCGCUGCAACAUGCUGUCGCACUCGCUCUGCAAUUACCAGACCACUCUGCUUCAGUUCUGGGAAAAGACAGCCCAAGCCUUGUCUGGCAUCCAUGAUGCCUUCCAAGGGCACGUGCCCUACCAGUUCACCACACUCAAGGACUUGCGGGACCCAUUGGAGCAAACAAACGUUGCACAACAGGGAGAGGAAGAGGAGAAGGUUCUACAGGGAAACACAGACAGUCUGGUGUGCUUGGAUGACGAAGCAUCAGGAGGUGCCGCUGACACAGGUGUUUUUCUGGACUCCACUGGCAUUGACUCGAAAGCUGAGGAUGAAGAUGGUGAACAGGGUGAGAUGGCUUUCCUCAAAGAUCUUCUCAGCCCUGGCCCAGGUGCCACCGAUGACUUGAGUAGCGAGUGGCAGGAUGCUUUUGGGCUCUUUGACGCUCCCGCAAACGGGCCGCCGCCGCCGCCGCCAGGCCACAUCGUCCCCCCUCCGCAGUACACCUCCCCCAGCCCAACUGGCUUCCUGCCUUCUCAGCUGCUGGAUUACAGUCUGAGUUCCGCAGGCUGGUCAACACCACCUAUGUUCCAAGCGCCGCCCCUUCAGCCUCCUCCUGCUCAGAACCAAUCACAUACACCGGCCUCAGCUUCUGUAGCCAAUGCUACUGCAGGUAAAUCCAGAGACAUGUCUGCUUGGUUCAACCUGUUUGCGGACCUGGACCCGCUCUCCAACCCUGACGCUAUUGGACGCUCCGCGGAUGAGCUCCUCAAUGCCUGAAACUGUGUGUGAUGAUGUCGUAGUCAUUUUUAAAACACAAAUGACUGUUAACACUGCACUGCACUAGGAUUGCGAAGGUGUGAAAAAUGUCAGGAAAUUUCCACAAGGUUUCUGGUAAAUUUGGGGAAUAUUUCAAAUUGGAAAUGUUCUAUGGGAAUUACCGCAGUUAUUGGGAAAUAAGGGGUCAAUUUAUUGGAAAGGUAUCAUUUCCAAACGUUUUGUCAUAAGCGGACAUCCAUUCAAAAAAGGUAGCUCUCCUUGCCCAUAUGUGAGGGUCCCUUCAUUGCUCCAAAUGUUUCCGAUUGCAAAAAAUCAACCAAGCGAUGGCUCGUAAUUAGAAAAACUCAUAAGUCAGGGCACUUGUAAGUCAAGUAAAUUGUCCCUGUACUUGCAUUGUUUUGGUCAGGAUUAUGCUAAAAUAUAAACUAUAUUUAAGUUCCCAAUUAAGAGCCAACUUUCAAUUUUGUAAAUGACUCAUUUAUUCACAUUAAUGUCCAUAAAUUCCCAUGGAAAGGUUCCAAAUUUAAACAUUUUGACACAUUUUGUGUUUGCUUUCACUCGUCAUUCUGCAUCUUGUGACUGCAGGGUGCUGUUUUUAUUCUGGACACCGUUUCGGCUUUAUCACACUCCAAAGAAGGAUUAGAACAUUAUUACAUAAAAAUACAUCGGCCACACCGUAGGUGAUUGGAUUUACAAUGUAAAGAUGUACCACCUGUUGCUAAUCUGUAACCCCCAUAUAGCCUCCCCCAAUACACAAUAGAUCUGGGGGUGCGACAUCUAGGGGAGUUCCACAGGGAGCCCUUCAAGCCAGCACCGCUACUGCUCACUAGUAAUCAGUGAGUCAAAGAUGAAAUAAAAACUUAUUUAGUGGGUCAUUGGUUGCAGACCAGUUUUGAGCUUGACACCAGGAGCGCCAGUAAUAGAUGUUUUACUAUGAAUAGCUUUAUGUAUAUUUUUAUUGAUUACACCUUGAUCUUCUAUAGUUUACUUUAAAGGCGUGCCAUCACAGUACAUCCGCAAUCCACUUUUGUUUAGGACUGAACCUUUUUAAUCAGAAGUGUAUGAAAGAAUGCAAUGAAAAUACUGUAUUGCUAAACUGCAAAUUAUGUAUGGAGAGAGUCUCACGUGAUAGAACUGUAAAACUUAUAUGGAUCAAACAUUGUUUUCCUCCCCAAUUAUUUAAAACAUACAGUAUCUACCAAGAUUACCAUUUUAAACUUGGUAAUAAAAAGGUAACAGCGAUUUGUCUCCGAGGAGCUUAGGGUACAGUGAUUUUGAGAUAAUGAGGUCUGCAUUUGUAUGUCUGACUGAGUGCAUCUGUAAGGCUGUGAUGUGAAAGUCUUUGUGUUUUUUUGUUUUUUUUUCAAAUUACUAUUGUUAUGACUACUGUAUUUUAAGUAAUUUCCACGUGAUACAAGGACCACUUUUUGCUACAUUUAGCUUUAAAUAUGUUCCUCUACUGAAGGUAGCAUUUACUCUGUCGCUUGUUGUAUAUUGUUUAUGCUUAAAGAAUGUAUUUAUCGAAUCACAAAUGCUAUAUUUCAUGUGUUUUAUUUCACUUCAGGAGUUACAGGUGAAAUCAGGUUAACAAUAAACUGGACCAAAAAAG